AUGGAGGCGCCGCCGCAGGAGGGCGAGGCCGAGGGCGCCGAGCACCGGCAUUCUAAGGGGGAGCGCCAGCGCCUGGCCGAGGCCGAGGAGGGCGAGCAGCCGCCGGCCGAGCUGCAGGAGGAGGCGGCCGCCGAGACGACGGGGCUGAGGAACCAGCAGCAGCGGCUGUGGCACCUCUUCCAGAUCUCAGCCACCGCCGUGGCCCAGCUCUACAAAGAUUCCGGGUGCCAACAGCCAGGACUGUCCUUGUGGGACCCCUUCCAGAACGCGGCCGUGGCCGUGACCAGCCUCUACAAAGAGAGUGGGGAUGCCCACCAACGAAGUUUUGACCUGGGCGUCCAGGUGGGCUGCCAGCGGCGCGUCCGAGACGUGCUGGAGUGGGUGCAAAAAGGCCGAAGCAUCAUUCGCCGGGAAGACCUGAUCAGUUUCCUGUGUGGCAAAGGGCCUCCCGCCCCGCCACCGCCGGGGACCCCCAGGACACCCCCGAAACCGCCCGCCGGGGCGGCCAGCCAGGCGGGGGCCACCGAGGCCGGCUCGUCGGUGGACGUGGAUCUGCAGCCUUUCCACGAGGCCAUCGCCCUGCACGGCCUCAGCGGGGCCAUGGCGAACAUCAGCGUGCGGUCUGGCGCGCCCGGCUCUCCGCCACAUGACGGCGGCGUGGCCAGUGGGGCGCGCCGAAAAAGUAGCUUCUCUGAGGACAACUUGAACCCCUUCGAUUCGGAAGAACUGGCCCUCCAUCUGGACAGUGCUGGAACCCGUAAGCGCCCCUCGGCCCAGUGCGGCGAUGGCAUCACAGAUUCUCCAACCCACAAGCGCAACCGAAUGGUCUAAACCGCUGCAUGGUCUAAACCGCUAAAUGGCGCAAACCGCCGCCAUGGUCGCCGGCCGCCAUAUUGCUUGAGAGCUAACUUGACCUUCAACUUGCUUGUCGAAAGGGUACUCGAGACCAUCUCUCUUCCUCCUCUAAGUUAAACAGAGAUUUCUAUCAGUUUUUCCGUCAAAGAACUUUGAAAGUGUUCCAGAAGAGGCCUCACUUGACUCUUUGUGAAAAAUAUAAUCCUAGCAGAGAACAUCAAAUAUCAUAUAGUAGUUA